GUUCUCUCGACCAACUCCAGGUUUUCCCGCCUUGUUCAUCUUUCCCGCUGUGCGGACUUUCUUGAAGAUGCGCUGGUGUUCCUCUCUCGUCCUCUUUGGUUUCUUGGCCGCUGUCAAUGCUUUGAGUAGUUCGGGCAAUCGUCUGCUCGUUAUCCUGGAGGAUGCUACCGAAAAAGAUCUAUAUUCUACCUUUUGGGGCGAUCUAGAAGCUCGAGGUUACGAUCUUGAGUUCGAAUCACCAAAGAACGAGAAGCUGUCCUUGUUCGAGCUUGGAGAGAGAGCUUACGACCAUCUGCUCAUCUUUCCCCCUAAAUCGAAAGGCUUUGGACCUUCUCUCAGUCCCAAGACCAUCGUUGACUUUGUGAACCACGACGGCAAUAUCCUCCUAGCCCUCUCGGGCCAGUCCACAACGCCUAGCGCAAUUGGCUCCCUUCUCCUGGAAUUUGAUAUCCGUCUGUCCUCCGACCGUUCCUCCGUCGCAGUGGACCAUUUCCACUACGACACCGAGUCUGCGCCGGAGAAACACGACGUCCUCGUUCUUGAGCGCCCCGGCAAGCUGAGACCCGACACCAAGGCUUUCUUCGGCGGCGAGGGUGUCCUGGCUUUCCCCCACACUGCUCCUCACACUCUGGGAGACAGUUCUCUCUUGGCGCCCAUCCUCCGGGCCCCCGCAACCGCAUAUAGCUAUAACCCUAAGGAUGGCUCGGUUUCGGUGGAAGACGUUACUGCCGCUGGCUCUCAGCUGGCUCUCGUUUCAGCCAUGCAAGCCCGAAACUCCGCCCGAUUCACUCUGCUAGGCUCCGUGGAAAGUCUCCAGGACACGUGGUUCUCCGCAACUGUCAAGACCCCCGGUAGCAAAGAGAUGAAGACUGUCAACCGGGAAUUCGCCAAGCAGUUGACUGCGUGGACAUUUAAGGAGACUGGUGUGCUCAAGGUCGGAAAGAUUGAGCACCACCUCGCCAAGGAUGAUCUUACCGCGGAGGACUUGAACCCGACAAUCUACCGGAUUAAGAAUGAGACAGUCUUCAGCAUUGAAGUCUCUGAAUACAGCUAUGAUGGAUUCGUGCCCUUCGAGGUUCCCUCCGACGACGAACUUCAACUUGAAUUCACCAUGCUCUCCCCCUUCCACCGUCUCAACCUGAAGCCCUCCGGAACGACAGGAAACAGCACUAUCUUCCGCACCCAGUUUACUGUCCCUGACCAGCACGGAAUUUUCUCCUUCCGCGUAAACUACAAGCGGCCCUUCCUGACCAAUCUCGAAGAGAAGCACGAGGUGACCGUUCGCCACUUUGCUCACAACGAGUACCCUCGGAGCUGGGAGAUUACCGGAGGAUGGGUGUGGAUUGCUGGCCUCUGGUCUGUCAUUGCCGGAUUUCUGGCAUUUGUGAUUGUCUGGCUCUAUUCGGAGUCGGCCCCUACUACUGCCUCGAAGGCCAAGAAGAUGCAGUAAGUAAUGUAUUAAUUAAAAUGAUUGUUGUAUGAAAAAAAAAAAAAAUCCUGCACAUCCCACCGUGGUGCAAUGUUAGUGAAAAUAUAGAGACUCUUUUCUUUGUUGUUGAG